AUGGAUGUUCAAAACUUGUUUGAAGCUGCAUAUACAGGAAAUGUUGAAUUGCUGCACAAAUUGCUUCAAGAAAAGCCGUUGAUUCUCGUUGAUGUUGCACUAACAUCUCCCCCAGAGUCUCUGCUACAUGUUGCAACUAAAGCUGGACAGCUUUGUUUUGUAUGCGAGCUUAUAAAACACAAUCCGGAAUUAGCUAGAGAAUUGAGCAAGGAUGGUUUUAUGCCUAUGGACAUAGCUUCCACGGUUGGGAACGUAGAAAUUGUGAAAGAGCUUUUAAGGGUUGAUAAUAAGAUUUGUCGUCUCAAAGGCAAAGACCAGAGGACAGCGCUUCAUUAUGCUGCUAUCAAGGGGAGAGUUGGAGUUAUAGAUCUACUGCUCUCAACCUGCCCAAACUCUGUUGAAGAUGUAACAAUCCGUGGAGAAACCGCGCUUCAUCUAGCUGUGAAAAGCCACCAAAUUGAAGCCUUUAGUGCUUUGCUCAAGUGGCUUCAACGUCUCAGCAUGGAAACGGUCAUAAAUUGGAGUGAUUGCAAUGGAAACACUGUUUUGCACGUUGCAGCCUCUACAAAACAACUUGAGUAUUUUCAUGUUUGUGACAGUACUAUGGUAUGGAAAUCAAACCUGAAUCAAUUAUAUUCUUAUGACAGCCAUGAAGCAAAUUUUGCUCUCCUCUUCCCGAUUGUAGAGCUACUGCUUAGUAACAGCGAUGCUAUUAGAGGGAUCGUGAAAGUGAACGCCACAAAUUCAAAAGGUUUGACAGCGAUGGAUCUACUGGAUAUAGUAAUGGAAAGUCCCAAUGAUGUCCAACUUAGGGAAGUCCUACGACGUGGUGGAGCACUUGGGGCUCAAGAUGUUAGUCAUAUUCCUUCAACACCAUCUCUUCAGCAGGUUUCAAAAUCCAAACAAACUCAGCAAGAGUCAAAAUCAGAACCUCCAACAGAUUGGUUUGCAUAUUUCAAAUUUCAGCUGCAAAGAGAUUCACCAGGCGAAACGCGCAAUGCACUGCUAGUAGUGGCUGCACUGAUUGCCACGGUCACUUUUCAAGCAGGGGUGAACCCUCCCACUGGCUUACUAGAAUCAACUACCCAAUCAAGUUCCGGUAAUAGAACUUUGAUCGGACCAGCAACAACCUCUGGCCUAGCUGCUGCCUCCGCAAUUUUCGGCUCUCAUGCUACAGCAUUUCUGUUUUUGUUCGCGAACACAUUGGGGCUUACCGCGUCACUAAGCAUCAUAAUCUAUCUCACUGGAGGAUUUCCUUUUCAAAGGGAGCUUCUGGUUUCCAUAUACUCCAUGAUGUUUACUUAUGGAUUUUCGAUUAGUAGCAUCACAGAGGAGAAGGAAGUCAUCACAUAUCUACUUCUUGGAAUCGCCUUCAUUCUACCAUUCUCUAUACGGUGGCUGCCAAGGUGGGGAAACAAAGCUUGGAAGUGGUGGAGACAACAUUCAGUCAAUAAGACUAAUGGAGGUCCGAACAACGUCCCUUAA